AGACGGUUGCCGGCUGAAGAGGAGGCGAAAAUACAAGCGGGAUGGAAGAGAACGAGCAGCUGAGGCGCCAGAUCCGCCUGCUGCAAGGGCUUAUCGAUGACCAUAAAAACGUCCAUGGGAAUGCACCGGUCCCCCAGCCGCCUGUUCCAGUGCCCAGGUGGGGGAAUCCCCGGCCACCUGCUUUUAACAACCAAACUGCGUUCUCUGCUAGAUAUUCCCAGCAAACCCAAAGGGAUUUUCAGCCUCCCCAACGCAAUUCCUGGAGGAAGAAAUACUCUCUUGUCAAUGUGCCACCUCGACCUGCGCUCAAUCCCAGCAUCAGAGCGUCAGCCAGUGAUUCUCAGGUUGUCCUCAGCCAAGGAAACAGCAGGGCGGCCGAACGACAACUGAUGCUUUCAGAAAGAAGAGUGGGCAUCAGUGCAGAUGGUAACAUAACGGUUGGGCUGCAGACGAGCUUGGUUGCCCCAGGGUCCCAGCGGGGCCCUUCAGCAGCAGCAGAGGGCCCAUCUACAUCCAGGAGAUGUGAAAUCUCUGCUUCAGCUCCGAAUGUUGCCUUCAAAGAGAGCAAACAGAAGCAUCUCUCAGUCUUGCCGCACUCGUUGCAUCACCGGACAGUUGGUAGGGAUAAUACUCCUUCAGUGUGUCUCAAGGGGUCUGAGCCCUCAAGUGUAGUUCAGCGUGCAUCUGAAUUGGCCCCAGAUUCCUACAGGACAAUCAGUGAGCGUGCCAUUGCUCUGAAAACUGCCCCGCAACAGCCCCUCACCUUGCCUGGUCGUGAAUCAGGGUUUCUCUCAGCAAGGCAGAAACCAGCACCACACACUCCAGCUCUGCAUGGUUCACGGCGCGUCCCUGUGGCAGUGGAUAAACUGAACACUGUGCGGGUGACGGAGACACCUGGUUUACAUGCUAAUUCAGCUCCGGAAGCUCCUUUAGCUGUUGAAAUGACUCUUUCCAAGAACAAGCAUUCUCUGCCUGCUCUCCAGACUGCUCCCACCUUGCCGGCCCCAACCAAAUCUCCCAAGUUCAGGAAAACCAGCUACACAUGGGUGGCAAACCCAGGUAAAUGUUCCCGUGCUUCAAAAAGAUGGACUGCUUCCAGAACCCCUGAAGGCACCCGGAAAUUGGCUGGGGGAGCAGAGAGAACCUCUAAGUUAGCACCAAGGGGGGACUCUGGAGCAAAGCAAAAGAAGUCCAGCCCGCAUUCAAAGCCGGGGGUGUCCUCUAGCAAGUACAAGUGGAAGGCAUCCAGCCUCCAGCUUUUCCCUUCCACGUCUGCAUUCACGUGGCAGCGUGAGGAACAUGGUCGGCCUGGCGUUGCCCACCUCUCAGGGGGUAGCUCUUCCCUGCCAGCUGUGAGCCGAGUGCCUUUUGGUCACGGCAGUCCAAAACCAACCUUUGGGAAUACCAGCUUUUUAAAUUACAAGUUAAAGAGCCGGACUAAAAUCAUCAAAAGAAGGGGAAAUGCCAGUGCUCCAGCUGAGAAGAGGAGCCCUUCCUUCUCCACACUGCUUCUGAAAAGCCGUUAUUCUCUCAGGAAGAGGAACUCCCCCCGGGGGAAGGCCUCCUCUCCCACUGCCAGGAAGGCCGGGGCCAAGGGUCUGGUACAAAUUGGCAAGCACCGGCUGCGCAGGCUGCCCGUGCCCAGGCUCCACGUGGCUGUCAAAGAAGGCUCCAGCUUCCUCCGUGUCACAAGCCCACCAGCCAAUAAAGUGGUCAACACUCGCUAUAGGAUAGUGAAGAGGACCGUGGCUGCUCCCUCAGGAGGCGUUGCAGCGUCAUUUGGUAGCCCUGCUCUUGGCUGGAAAACCAGGCGGCUCUCAGCAUCCAGAUCUCUGGUACUAAACCGUACCCGUCAGUCACCCCCAGGGAGCAAGUCCCAGGUUCUGCAGCACCAAUGGAGGAGCAAAGGCCUGCGUUGUAUCGGAGGGGUCAUGUACAGGGUGUCAGCAAACAAGCUCGCCAAAACCUCCAGCUCUCCGGCCAGGGGCGGUGAACCAGCCAGCAAGAUCCAUGCCCGAGCAGCGAGGGUGGAUGUUGCACACAGCGGCCCUGGCUAUGCUUCACCUGGUUGUCCCAGCAGGUCAGCCACCAGCCGAUACAUCGCAAGCCGAGCUGUUCAGCGCAGCUUGGCCAUCAUUCGACAGGCCAAGCAGAAGAAGGAGAAGAAGAAAGAGUACUGCAUGUAUUACAACCGCUUUGGCAAAUGCAACCGAGGCGAGAACUGCCCCUACAUCCACGAUCCAGAGAAAGUGGCUGUCUGCACAAGGUUUCUUCGGGGCACAUGCAAGAAGACUGACGGGACGUGUCCGUUUUCGCACAAAGUUUCAAAAGACAAGAUGCCUGUUUGCUCAUAUUUCCUGAAAGGGAUCUGCAGCAAUAGCGACUGUCCUUACAGCCAUGUCUACGUGUCCAGGAAAGCAGAGGUGUGCUCGGACUUCCUCAAGGGCUACUGUCCACUGGGAGAGAAGUGCAAGAAGAAACACACACUGGUGUGCCCAGACUUCUCGAAGAACGGCAUCUGUCCCAAAGGGGCCCAGUGCAAAUUGCAGCACCCUCAGCGCAAGCGACGUGCCAGGCAGCCCAGUGCUACAGACUCCUGCCAACAUGACAAUUCAGCGCCAAAGUUGGCACACCUUACAGAGCAGAGAGUAUGGAAAGAGGAAGCAACCCCUGGGCCUUCAGGUGCAGAGCGGGAGGGAAGCGCCUGGAGCCGCAAGGCCCUCUCGCAGACCAGAGCGCUAAGCAAGCUGCCAUCCUUCAUCUCUCUCCAGUCACCUUCCACCUCUCCAAUUGAGGAAGAGCACAAGCCGGAGCGAGACAAACCAAGAGAGGAAACAGGGAAACCCUUGCAGAUCAAGCCCCGGCUGUGACCCAUUCGCUUGGCCAUCCAGCCUCCCCAGCCACCAAGCCUCUGGGCAAAUAUCUCAGGAACUUGAAGAAGCCAGACUUGCUGGGCAACUACCUCAGGGAGCCUCGAUGAGGCAGACGGUUGAUGGGUGACGGCCUCGUGUCAUUUAUCCCCCCCUUGCAGACAAGGGGAGCCAAGUCCCUCCUGGCCUCUCGCAGCUCCAGCGGGGGGCGUUGUGGUCUUAGCCCCUCGCCCCCAAAUAAAGGAGCAUUUUAGAAACCUCAGGCUUUCACCAGCUCCCCAGUGUCAGGGCUCCGUUCCGGACCCUCUGCCCCCUGUUCUGCGGCUGUUGCAGUCCCACUGGCCUCUCCUGGGGCCAGCAGGGGGUCCUGGCAUUGGAUUAGGAGCUGGAGUGCGUUGAAGUCCGGCAGGACACACCUGUGGGGCCCUUGCAGAGAAACCCUGACCAAAGUGCUGGUUGGUCUCUGGGUCCUGGGCAAGCCCAAAGAGUUGCACCUCGCGGUAUCACAAGGCACUGGGUGGGAUCCUGGGUGGGACCCAGCAAGUAUUCCCCCUUGAAGCUUGUGAAAUGCAGCCAGCCUCGGUUUAGUGGUACCGGGUUGUUACAGCUGCACUUGGGAUGCUGGGGGGUGGGGGGUGGGGCUAUGUUUCUGUGGACAGAACUGCGGUUUCAGUUGAUGGGGUGGAUCUUAUACCUGAUUUCUGCCCUGAGAGAUUUAAAAUUUCUGAGAAUUAUGGUUUGGAACUGAAAUCUCUGCUUCUUCCCACUUGGUUAUUGUGUUUGGGCUCCAAAAUGAUUUGUAAAGUAGUUCAAAAACAGAUGCAAAAGAAACUGUGAUUUUGUAGAGACAGAUUGCAAAGCUGGCCUAAGUCCUCGCUGGGAGAAGGGCGCAUCUGCUUUUUUCCCGGUUCCUGGUUUUUUACUUAA